AUGCGUCACGAACACUCAGACUCCACAGUCAUUCAGCCAUCUCAGUUCUCAUCUGAGUCACAAUGCCUAUCUCGCAAAAAGUUGGAAGGGCCUUUUGAGAUAGUGGCAUCCAAGAGUAUUGAUGUUAAUAAAAAUAGAUCAUUUGGAAAGAGGGAUGUUGGUAAUUCGAGAGUCGUUCCUGAUGUCGGUAAGUAUGACGACCGUGUUGACGCCAAUGCCCUCAUCUACCUUGCAGCCAUCCUUGAGUACCUCGUUGCUGUGGUCCUGGAGUUGGCUGGAAAUGCAGCGAGGGAUAACAAGAAGAAUAGGAUCAUUCCGAGGCACAUCCAACUUGCUAUCAGAAAUGAUGAGGAAUUGAGCAAGCUCUUGGGAACUAUCAUGAUUGCCAGCGAUGGUGUUUUGCCUAGUAUCCAUUAG